AUGAAAAUAUCACUCCUGCUACAACUUUCUUACAUUACUGUGCUAGUGGUGUGUGGCCAAUGUUUGGGCAAUGAAAAGGCGUUGUUGCUUAAACUCCAGAAAAGCCUUACGUUCAAUUCUUCUAGAUCAACCAAACUGGUUAAAUGGGAUGUAAACACCGACUGUUGCCUGUGGCCAGGUGUAAGUUGUGAUCAAGAAGGUCAUGUGCUUGUUCUGGAGCUGGACCAUGAAGUAAUCACUAGUAGAGUUCCUGAAUUUAUAGCAAAUUUUACAAAAUUGAGUCUCCGGAGCUGCAAAUUGUUUGGUCCAUUUCCUAGUAAAAUCUUUCAGGUACAAACUCUUCAGGAGCUUGAUUUAUCAUACAAUGAAAACCUUACUGGCACUUUACCUGACUUUCCACAAAAGAGUGCAUUAAGGGAAGUAGUGCUUCGUAACACGGGAUUCACCAGUCCCCUACCGGAUUCAAUUGCUAACCUUCGGAAUUUGACCCGGCUUGACAUAGGAAGUUGCAAUUUCAGUGGAGAUAUUCCAUCAAAAAUGGGAAGUCUCACAGAUCUGGUUUACCUAGACUUGUCAUUUAACAGUUUUACUGGCUCGAUCCCAUUCUUUCAUAAGGCAAAGAAGCUCGUUUACAUUAACCUUUCUGAUAACAAUGGUCCAUUUUCUUCCACUCAAACUCAAAUUGCAGUUCUCCUUUCCCUCCCGUCCUUGCAGUUUCUCAGUAUUCAGAACAGUCGUUUAAGUGGAGAAAUCCAUGAAUUUUCAAAUGCAUCCUCUUCUGUUCUUGAUACACUUGAUUUGCAUAAUAAUCAUCUGAAUGGAUCUAUUCCGCGGUCUAUCUUUCAACUCAAAAGUCUUUCUGAACUAGUGCUUUCUUCCAACUCUUUCAGUGGGACCAUUAAUCUUGAAGCGAUUAGCGGACUUCCUAGGCCAACCACCCUCGACCUUUCUUACAACAACUUGAGAAUUGUAAGUAAUUCAACCUCAUUUCCCUUUCCAGCUAAGAUGCACCACCUGAGGUUGGCUUCAUGCCAGUUGCAGAAGUUUCCUGAUCUCAAAAACCAAUCAUUCUUAUUUGAAUUAGACCUUUCGGACAACAAAAUUAGAGGGGGAAUACCAAAUUGGGUUUGGAAAGUUGGAAUUUUGAAUCUUUCUCACAACCUCCUGGAGUCUCUAGAACAAUCUCACAUGUCUACCACUCCUCUUUCCAUUGAUUUGAGUUGCAAUAGGAUCAAGGGUAAACCACCCUUUCUACCACCUGACAUUGCUGCUACGUAUCACCUUAGUAGAUGGGGAGGUAGUAUUACUUUCUUAUCACUUGCCAAUAAUGAAUUUACGGGAUCAAUACCCUCUUUCAUAUGCAAUCUAUAUCAGCUUAAAUUUCUUGAUAUGUCAAACAACUCAUUUAACAACAAAAUACCUUCAUGUCUAUUCCAAAAGGCUGACCGUUUCGUAGUACUGAAUCUUGGGAGAAACAAACUAAGUGGCACUAUUCCGGACACAUUUCCACUAAAUUGUAGUUUGAGAACUUUAGACCUCAGCAGCAAUAUCUUAGAAGGAACAGUUCCAAGAUCCCUGCUUACAUGUCAACCUUUGGAGGUUUUGAACAUUGGAAACAACAAGAUUGAAGAUACAUUCCCAUGCAUGUUUCAUUAUUUUUCCAAUUUGCAUGUACUAGUUAUGAGGUUGAACAAGUUCUACGGGGAUCUCCAGUGUUCUGUUGCUAAUCAAACCUGGUCAAGUAUUCAAAUUGUGGAUCUUGCUUACAAUAAUUUCAGCGGUGCACUGCUACCACAAUACUUCUCGAACUUGAAAGGCAUGAUGCAAAGCAGAAAUCUAGACCCAGGGGAGCAUUAUUUGCAUGUUGAUAGUCUGUAUCAAGACAAGGUGACUUUAACUAUCAAAGGUCUAACAGUGGAAUAUGUGAAAAUUCUUGUAGUUUUAACAUCCAUUGAUUUCUCUUGCAACAACUUUCAAGGGGAGAUACCUGAGACAUUGGGAGAUCUCAAAUCACUUAUCCAUCUUAACUUCUCACAUAAUGCUUUGACUGGAAGAAUACCAAAGGCUCUUGGAAAGUUGACUCAGUUUGAAUCCUUAGAUUUCUCAGGUAACCAUUUAAGCGGGAGAAUUCCAGACGAGCUCGUGAGUCUCACAUUUCUUGCUUUCUUGAACCUAUCUUUUAAUCAACUAUCUGGUAGGAUUCCAAGUGGCAACCAAUUUCAGACAUUCUCAGCAGAUUCCUUUGAAGGGAACAUUGGGUUGUGCGGUGUACCUUUAAAGAAAACGUGCAGUGAAACCAAAGUGAAUGGAUCAUCACAACCUAACAACCAUUCUGAACAUGAAAUUGAUGGGAAAUAUAUAAGUUUUUCCUUGGGAUCUUCUAUGGCUUUUGGCAUCGUAACCUGGCUUCUUUUGCAUAGCCAAAGAUACAAUGAGCUCGUUGAUGGACUUCUUUUAAGAAUUUUGGGUCGGCACAAAAGGAGGAGAAAGAAUAAAAACCAAAGGAGGCCAAGAAAAAUAAGGCUAUAG